AUGAAGAAAAUCGCAGAAAAGUGGUACGAGCUUGAAACAACCCCUAUGCAGAGAAUAGUCGUGGAUGAUGGUCUUCGUUUUAUUCGUGAAGCCAGUAAAAAAGGUGAAAUCUACGACGUCCUCUUGAUAGAUGUCUGCUACAACGAGCACAGAGAUCUCAUGGCUCCCAUAGAAGAGUUUAUGGUUGACGAGGAAAUUGAACAAAUGAACAAAGUACUCAAACCUGAUGGUGCUGUUAUUGUAAAUAUAGUUACUCGACAAGAGAAAGUAGCAGAAGCCGAUAAGGUACAUUUCGUCUACUCUAGGCAUUUCCCCUCGUGUUAUUUUAUGCAUUUUGGAAAAUACGAUAAGAUGCUUUUCUGUUCAAAAAAAGAGAAGAACUCGUGGCUCGACAAUGCCGAUGAGCUUAGGGAGCGGUUCAGAAGAAUCGACAAAGAAUUGAGAUUCGACCUGACUGGAAGUGAAAAGGAGGGGAAGCAAGCGAAAGUUACGCUUCAUUAG